AUGCCCGCUCGCCCGGGUCUUGCUGCCCGCCGCUUCUAUCGCACUUUCUACGACUGGACCCUCCUCACCAUUGAUGCUGGUGGAAGAUCGAAAAGACAUGCUCUGCACACGUCCAGCCGAGCGAGCAUCGAGGGCAAUGGCAAUGGAGCGAGUCGGCCGCGCCACCAACACCAACCAUCGGGGCUCGAAGCAGCAACAUCACGCGGGAAUGGCACGACGCGAGAUGUAAACGUGGAAAGCAAAAGGGUAGAUGUCGCCGAGAGAAGACGAGGAUAUCGCCUUUUCAAUCCGCACUCCAGCUCUGAUUCGGCAGUGCGGCCUGCCACGCCGGACAAGUACCUCCGCCACAACGUCCCUGGCUCCUUUACCAAGCGCCCCGUGCAGUCUCCGUUGGAAAAGGCGUUCAGCAGCUUUGAGGCGCGCGAGCACGUCGUGCGCUACCGCUCGCCCGAUGCCAUUCUUCUCGAAUUUGCAAUGCCUGGCGAGGGAUUGGCUCUCGCGCAAUCCCGAUGGGGGCCCGGCUUGGAGUCCCUUCAUCAGCGCACGGGGGCGCGUGUUGAAGUUCAGGCCAUAUCUGUGCCGAUCAAGGGCAGCUCCGGCGCUCGCAUACAUUCCGUCUUGAUCUCGGGCACAUUGGCUCAGGCAGCAGUCGUGCUAGAAAUCCUUCUGUAUCGUUCUGCCUUGGCUUCCCGUUCUCAAGAAGCAGCACCUUCGGCCUCCAUGUCGCCGUGGCAGCUUUUAAUUCGCGCCCAUGAAGGAUCGCAGGUCGUUGCCGAGAUGAGUAUGCUGGAGGAGCAUUGGGUUUCGAUCGCUCAUCUGAAGGCCUGGGCCAGAGCCGCCAUGGACAGCGGCUUGGCAUUGGAACUUGGUCCGCCAGAGUCGCGACCCAGCAAGGACAGCUCUAAUCAGCUCGCUCCCGCAAGAUCCUUCCAUUUCAAAGGGCCGCUAAAAUCUGUACAGCGCUUCCGCACUGAGCUCCAGGCUGCCGUCAAGAGUGUCAAGAAUCAUGUGCCGCCAAAAAAUAGCCUCUCAUCUGCGGCAGGGAAUAGGGAGCUGAAGCAACCUUCCCCUCCUGCAAUCCCUGGCACCAUCAAUGAUAUGCCCGGCGCUGAAGUGGCCGCAGUCGUCAAAGAUACUGUCCAAAACACACUGGCUGUCAACAAUUCGGCUACUCCAACCYCACGGAAUCUAGACGCGACACAAUCGAGCGAAACACCGAUGAGGGGCGUCAUCACCAUCGAUGGCAAGGAUGUGUUGCAGCCUGCUGUCAGAGAUGCUGUAUGGUGUGACAUUGCGCAGCCCCCAUCUGGUGUGAUCAUUUGUCGCCAAAGUACCCCAAGCCCAGGAGUAUGCUGCUGGCGCGUGGAAAUUGUUGGACCCUCAGCCGCAGUCACCACCGCCCGAGUCCAAAUAAUGGCCGCGGUCGAUAAUUUGUGUCGUCGCUUGCAACUGAAGAAAUUCACUGUAACAUACGAUGAGUCGCUGAAAUACAGAUAUUUGCUCACUAUUACCGGCAAGGAUGCAGUGAGGAUCAGGAGUGUGAGCAAAAACGGAGUUUCAUGGCGGUCCUCUUUACCACAUGAAAUCCGUAGACGCGGCGUUAGAGUCAUUCGAUCAUCCCCUGAUAUCGAGCCUUGGCAGAUCAGAUUUGAAGUCGAGCCGCAAUUUUUCAACCAAGUCGCGGAAGGGAUGGAGGGUAUUAUCGGAGAGGUUGGUGUAAAAUCAGGUGCUAGAGAUUACAAGACUUCCUGGACUUUGGAUACUCUUGAUGAGGUGCUUCCCGCCAGCGGACGUGCACCCGUGUUAUUGGAGCGAAGUGGCCCAGCUAACCAGGCGAGCAAUUCGGCAUCAACAGCGAGAGAAACUGCGGUAGACGGCCACCGAGCUGCUACGCCUAGGGAUGCCGCAGCCGAGGCGACGGUUCCAAAGAACUUGACUGAUCCGCACUCGCAGCGAUCAGGCACCGCAGCGAUCGCAAACCCCGAUGAGCAUGUUCAUGGACAAGGCAAGGAGGUCCAAAGCCAACGGCCGGGCAUAACCCUCGAGGAGCAGAGACAAAUUGCGGAGAAUGUCCGCGUUGCUCUGCGAUCACUCACACACCCAGUCGUGUUGAUUACAACUCGAACCAGUGCUAGAGAGGGGAGAUCUCUAUUGCCGCACAAGUGCGCGCGUGGAGUAACAGUAUCCAGCUUCAACACCGUGACGCUUGACCCGCAGCCGGUUGUCUCGUUCAAUCUCAAGAUUCCAAGUCGCAGCUGGGACGCGAUGUGCCAAUCCAACAAGCUCUGUGUUCACUUACUUGAGGCGUCGAGCCGCGGGGCUGCCGUGGCUGAUACGUUCACAAAGCCUCAUGACAGACCGGAGAUGGGUUUCGAAGAACUUCGUAAGUUGGGCCUCAAGGUCUAUGCCGACAAUUGGCGCAAAGUGCCUAUGAUCUUGGAUCCGCGGGGAGGAGUGAUUGCACGUUUCGAAGCUGUUCUGCUGCCCGCUAAAUGCGUGACUGUCGGGGACCACGUUGUUGUGCUGGCUGAGAUUACCAAGGUGGCUUCAGAAAUUGAAGAAGCGGAAGAGUGUGAUGGAUUGGCAUACGCGAGAAGAGGGUACCGAGCGCCUGGCAAAGAACUCAUUCCCGCCGAGAUUCUUUCUACCGAUGAAGCUGCCGCGAACGAUCCUCUAUCAUUGGGGGCAGAUGAGCCUUCCGAUCAAUCUUACGUGCCGUUGGUAAACCUCAUUGAUGAGGUCGAGACUUCUGACCCUCAUGCGUUCUUUGCUCUCGGUGAUGAUCCCAUCUUCAAUGCACUGCGCGCGACCAAAGAUGCCGCGGAGUCUGGAAAGGACGUUGACAUCUACGCCGCCAUGGCCAUGGAAGACGAUGGCUUUGACGACGAUACGUUACCUGAGCAGGGGCGCUCUGCUAGYGUACGGCCAAGUUCUAGGAAUCAUGCACGAAAGAGAUCAGGCCAGCCGGAACACCACACCGUGCGCAGACUCGUUCGAGCUGGAGACGGCAGCUUGACCCCUAAUGGGACCCCUAAUGGGGGAAUCUCACCCGGCAAACGAGCAUUCUCCAUACUCACCAAGUAUCCCGCUUUGAUUCGCGGCUUUUCAUCGACAUCGACGGCGCAGCGUGGAGUCGAUGACGACCAUGACUUGGUAGACCCCACUGCAAAGACUACGACGGUCGCCGAUUACCUCGGAGUUCCUGACGACAAUAAACCCUAUCAUACACGCCGUGUUCGCCGGCUCGUACGCUUCCAAAAAGAAAUUCGCGAUGCCGAGCAACGUUUGGAAAGGGAGCACUUGAGUGAAGCGGAAGCCACCGCUUUGAAGGAAACAAUUGCGUACCAGGAACGGACCAUCGCAAGAAAACUUGCCUGGAACGCCGCGAUUGAUCUGCGAGUCAUGCUUGACAAAGGCAACGCGAGGGUCGAAUUCAAGCGUGCGCAGUGGUUGGAGAGUGCGGUUGAGAAGGGACUAAAUGUUCUACUGGAGGAUGCCAAGAGUCUCCGGCGAAAGCGGGAAGAAGGCAAGGUGAAUGCAGAGCAGUAUGAAUUUUUGAAGCAGAAAUUGGCAGGCGACCAUGCAGUGCUUCAGACUGAGUUGAUGAGGUUGAGAGAGGUUGCUGAUGAAGAUCAAGAUGGCGGUGAUUGA